UUGUCGUGUCCUUGAUAGAGUGUUUGUAGCGUAUUCUAACAUAUUAGUGGAUAGUAUAAUUAUAACCACAGAAUCAUGGACAUGGUAAUGGAGGAUAAUAACACAUCCACGGAGGGCUGUGGAAUGCCGAGUAUGGCAAUGUAUUUCCACACCGAACACUGUCAAUACAUAUUGUUUGAAGCCUUCAAGACCACUACUAAUGGAGGACUGACUACUGGAUGUGUUUGUGUGUUCAUCUUUGCAUUUCUAUACGAGGGACUUAAGACUUUGCGAGACCAUUGUCUAUCGUGGCUACCCGUUAGACCAACCAAAUCCUUAAAUCCAGACAUCAAACGACAACGUAAAUGGACUUGGUGGAGGGAUUUAUUUACGUACGGACACAUGCUACAAACUGUCCUCCACAUGGUACAAAUAAUGUGGAGCUACAGCAUGAUGCUGGUCUUCAUGACGUAUAACACUUGGCUUUGUUUGGCGUUGAUACUCGGAGCUACGUCAGGAUACUUCGUGUUUGGAUCGGCACCAAGGAUUCAAAGAGACUCAUUUGAACACUGCCAUUAAAUGAAUUAUGUUUUACAGUUAUGUACUCCCACAAGAGUAAUUGUAAGGUGACCAUACCUUACUACUGACCUAGUAUGGGAACAUACCUUGCUACUGACCUAGUAUGGGACCAUACCUUGCUACUGACCUAGUAUGGGACCAUACCUUGCUACUGACCUAGUAUGGGACCAUACCUUACUACUGACCUAGUAUAGGACCAUACCUUGCUACUGACCUAGUAUGUGACCAUACCUUGCUAAUGACCUAGUAUAGGACCAUACCUUACUACUGACCUAGUAUGGGACCAUACCUUACUACUGACCUAGUAUGGGACCAUACCUUACUACUGACCUAGUAUGUGACCAUACCUUACUACUGACCUAGUAUGGGACCAUACCUUGCUACUGACCUAGUAUGUGACCAUACCUUGCUACUGACCUAGUAUGUGACCAUACCUUGCUAAUGACCUAGUAUGUGACCAUACCUUGCUACUGACCUAGUAUGGGACCAUACCUUACUACUGACCUAGUAUGGGACCAUACCUUACUACUGACCUAGUAUGGGACCAUACCUUGCUACUGACCUAGUAUAGGACCAUACCUUGCUACUGACCUAGUAUGGGACCAUACCUUGCUACUGACCUAGUAUGGGACCAUACCUUGCUACUGACCUAGUAUGUGACCAUACCUUGCUACUGACCUAGUAUGGGACCAUACCUUACUACUGACCUAGUAUGGGACCAUACCUUACUACUGACCUAGUAUGGGACCAUACCUUACUACUGACCUAGUAUGGGA